AUGAGCUCUCCUGAUGAUAUGUCUGUGCAGGGAGGUGGUUUUGGGCCGGAAAGUGGGGAGCACAUGGAAGGACGCCGCUUUAGCCAUGGAUUCCUGAGGGGACAUGGCUUCGGCUCCGACGAGAGGCUGUUCCGGAGCAGAGAGGACAAAAUGUGUUUCCCUGUCUCCAAGACUUUCCAGUAUGACUCCUGGUUAGACAGUGAUGAGAUGGAGGGCAGGUCAGACAUUUGGGGCUGCGAAGGUCGGCCUGGCACUCCCGUGGAUGAGAGAGGGGACAAUUUGGACUUUGCACCGCAGCUGACAGUAGAGGGUACAAGCUUCGGGCAGUAUGUAGCCAACCGGGAGGCCUGGGGUGUCCGCAGACAUCCGUCCCCCAGAAGCUGCGCUUCUGAUCCCUUUGGUAUUUGGGGAGACACAGACACAGGCACAAGCAGGAGAGGCUUGAGACCUCCGACCUCUAUGGAAGGGCUGCAGCUCUCAGCUAGCCAACUGCACUCCAGGGGUCUGGGGCGGGGCAGGGCCUGGGUGACCCCAAGAAGAAGUGCCAAAAGCAGGAUAAUAGCCAGUGAGGAUAUUCAUUAUCCGUCCUCCGAUCCUGAGUCUUCUGAUGAGGCCAGUGAGACACAAAUGAUGAGGGUGACCAUUUCCCUCAAAGAAGGAGGCCAAGGCAAGUCCAGUGGCCUCACUGAGCUGGAAGACACAGGCAGACACGCGACUGUCCAUGGCAGGGAAAGUUUCGUCCAUGUGCCCCCCUCUGUACUGUCCAGUGCUACCCGGACACUCAGCUCAAGCAUGGAGAAGCAGGCUUCAGGAGAGCUGGAAGGCUCCCUGUCUAAGAAAAAGCAAAGUGUGGUCUGGGGCAAAGAAGGGAGCAGACACAGCAUCCCAGGAACUGCUGCUUCCUCUGCUACUGCCAUCUCUGCUGUGGUCCCUGCCCCUGCUGCCAUUGCUUCAGGUGCCAUUCCCAAGACCAGUCCUAGAAAGAAGGCAGCACAGGAGAAACCUAUUCAGUGGGAUGCCUCAAGAGGACCCCUGGGAAGAACCUUCCCAGCAUGGGGACAGAGACUCAAGUCAGCUCCUGUGGAACCAGCCACUUUCCCCCCAAUCUCUGGGGUUGCCCUGCUAGGGAAGGGCAAUAAAUGCUCACUGCCUUCGGGGCCCAAAGAGUGCAAGCCCUUCUGCACUGGGAAGAAAUCCCUGGCAAAGAAGACAAAGGAAUCCCAGCCAGGAGCCAAAGAUGAUGACUCCACCAGAGAUUCUGGCCUGCAGGCUCAACUUCCAACACACAGGGCAGAGCAACCCUGCAUGUUCAUGCAUCGUGGAGAAAUGAGCAGUGGAGACCUCAACCUUCGAGCACCCCAAGUUCCAGGAAGCUCUCAGGUCUUGAGGCAGAGAAGUGCCCGUCUCAGAGCUCCUGCCUCUGCUGGUGGCCAGGAACCACCCCUGCGUCUCCCAUUCACAAUGGGAGAGAGGCAAUAUCAAACACCAGGAGCACAGGCUUGCCAACAGUGCCUGAUGUUACAGAAGGAAAUAGAGGAACUCAAGGAACAACUAGCCUUCAUGCAGGCCCUCAAUGAAAAGUUCGAGGCUCUUUGAAGGGAGUGUUCUGCUGUGCACAGGAUCUUUGAAGUUGAACCCAGCGCCCCUGCAGAAGAGGCCAGGCUACUACCCGUGGAUCCUGCUCCCUUCCAGUCACUCUGCAGCAGUGGAUCUCAGACUUCCUCCUGCUGCGACCCUUUAAUGCAUGCAGUUCCUCAUGUUGUGGUACCCCAGCUGUACUAAUUAUUUCGUGGCCACUUCAUACCUGUAAAUUGGUUACUGCUAUGAAUUUUAGAUGAAUUUUAAUGUCAGUAUCCCACAAGUUGAGGACCUCUGCUCUCCAGCCAGAGCAGACUUUGUGCCCCCCGCUUUUGUCCCCGCCUAUCCUCGGUGACAGCUGUUGCACAUUAAGUCAUUUUGUCCUAUGUUCUCUUUUGGUGGGGGAUGAGGUACAGCAACAGGGUGGAAACUGUUCCUUCCCACCCCUCUAAGAAUACCAGUCCUCAUUUACACUCCACUCUAUCUCCCCUAAUACAGUUCUCAUGCAUGAGGUUUUCAAAACUGAAAUAAAGAAUUUUGUG